AGAGACUAUCAGUAUCUCGUAGUCGUCUAAUCGACGUUGGAUUGGUCGAGUUUAGAUAAGCAUUGUCCUCAUUCAACAAGAUCGGUCAGUACGUGAUCUGAAAACGUGAGUAGUGCCGAGUCAUUCUAUUUAAUUAAAAAUCUUUGUGCUAUUAAUAAUAGCCGAUUGUGAAUUCAGGAAAAAUGCGUCUCUAUGUGGAUGCUAUACCAGGAGUUAUAAAUAAUGUAUUUCAAAACAAGGAACCAUGGCAGAUAGUAACAAUGACAAGUACAGCUACACUUGUUACAGUAUGGUUGUGGAACUUCAUCUUCUGCCAAGAUAAAAAUCUCUUGGAACGUGGCAAGAAACAGCUGUUCAAAUUAGCUCGUUAUAUCCCCUCUGUUCGUGAUAAAAUAAAUACAGAAUUAGUUAAUAUUAACAAUAACUUUAAAAAAGAUGUUGUACGCAGACUCAAAGAAACUUUGUUUAUUGUGCAUCUUCCUGAAAAAGGACUAAAUAGUGAAGAAAUAUUAAAUUUAGUGAACCAGUACAUUCAUUUAGGUGAUUAUGAUUGGCAAGGAGGUCGAGUAUCUGGUGCAGUUUAUAGAAUUAACAAUGAACUUAAACAGCUGAUGGGAGACGUGUAUGCAAUUGCAUCGUACACUAACCCGUUACAUCCAGAUGUUUUCCCUGGAGUUUGUAAAAUGGAAGCGGAAGUUGUUAGAAUAGCCUGCCACUUGUUCCAUGGAGACGAAGAAACUUGUGGAACUAUGACUACAGGUGGCACAGAAUCGAUUUUAUUAGCAUGUAAAACAUUUAGAGAUUAUGCUCGUGAAGUGAAAGGCAUCAAAAAUCCGGAAAUAGUGAUGCCGGUUACUGCUCAUGCAGCAUUUGAUAAAGCUGCACAGUUUUUAAACAUAAAAAUACGUGCUGUACCUGUCCAUCUGCAUAAUUUUACAGUUUCUAUCCAACACAUGAGAAAGUCAAUUACAAAAAAUACUAUAAUGUUGGUAGGAUCUGCACCCAAUUUUCCCUAUGGAACAAUGGAUAACAUUGAAGCAAUUUCUGAAUUAGGUGUGAAAUAUAAUAUUCCUGUUCAUGUAGAUGCCUGUCUAGGUGGUUUUCUCACUUGUUUCAUGCCCGAUGCUGGCUAUGAUGUUCCGCUAUCUGACUUUAGAUUAGCUGGUGUUACCAGCUUAUCAGCUGAUACCCACAAAUAUGGAUAUGCACCAAAAGGAUCUUCGAUAAUUUUAUAUCGAAACAAAAUGUAUCGUCACUACCAAUAUACAGUAACCACAGAUUGGCCUGGUGGCAUUUAUGGUUCUCCAACGGUAAAUGGUUCCCGAGCUGGUGGCAUAAUCGCUUCUUGCUGGGCCACAUUAAUGUUUUUUGGAUACAAUGACUAUGUGGAAUCAACAAAGAAAAUUAUAGGAACUACAAAAUAUAUUGAACAAAAUUUGAGGGAAAUAGAUGGAAUUUUUGUCUUUGGUACACCAGCCACAUCUGUUAUUGCAAUAGGCUCCCACAAAUUUCACAUUUACCGACUAUCGGAAGCUCUUAGUGCCAAAGGCUGGAACUUGAACACGCUACAAUUCCCUUGUGGUAUACACAUAUGUGUCACACAUAUGCACACUCAACCAGGAGUGGCUGAUCAAUUCUUAAAGGACAUUAAGUCUGAACUGAACACGAUUUUGGAAACCCAAGAUACUUUAGUGGAAGGAAAGUUGGCAAUGUACGGUAUGAGUCAAAGCAUUCCGGAUAGAAGUGUGGUUGGUGAUUUUACAAGAUGUUUUUUGGAUUCUAUGUAUUAUACCAAAGAAGACGAAACAUGUUAAUUUUAUAAGAAUAUUGAUAACUUUUAUACAUUAUUUCAAUGAAAAUAUAAAACACAUAUUUUUUUUGUGUUAUGAAUUAAAAAAUAAAUUUCAAAAAUA